CAAUCCAAUUUCAGUUCUUUAAACUUGUCUCCUUUUAAACCCCAUCUUCUAUCUCUUAUCUCCCUGCCUUUCUAUUGUCACUAAAAGAGAAGCCUUUGCUCUGAGAAUCUUGAAAAUGGAUUAUUUGAUCAAACUCUUCUUCUGCCUCUCUGUAUUUCUCCUCUUUGGAGAAAUAAAUGGAGUUGAGGGCUCGGAUAAAAAUCAGCGCAUGUACGGAUUUAGACCAACGAAGCUGUUUGUGUUCGGAGAUUCAUAUGCUGAUACAGGGAACAUUAAGAAGUCUCUCUCUAGUUCUUGGAAAUUCCCUUAUGGUAUCACUUUCCCUGGUAAACCAGCCGGCCGUUUUUCCGACGGCCGCGUCUCUACCGAUUUUCUUGCAAAAUUCGUUGGGAUAAAAUCACCAAUCCCAUACUUCUGGAAAGAUUACGCGGGAAAGAAACGGUUACAAUAUGGAAUGAAUUUUGCGUACGGAGGAACAGGAGUCUUCAACACUCAAGUCCCCUUGCCCAACAUGACCACGCAGAUCGAUUUCUUCCAGAACAUUCUCACAGCCGGAGACAUCUACGCUUCCUCCGACUUUUCUUCCUCCGUCGCUCUAGUCAGCGUCGCCGGCAACGACUACUCCACUUUCAUCGCCCAGAACCGCCCUAACUCUGAGUUUCCGGCAUUCAUAAAGCAAGUAGUGGAUCAAACGGAAGUGAAUUUGAGGCGGAUCCAUGCCUUGGGAGUGAAGAAAAUAGCAGUGCCGUCGUUGCAGCCUCUCGGUUGCAUCCCUGGAAUCACCGUUGCCUCCUCGUUCCAGCGUUGCAACGAGUCACAAAACGCUUUAGUGAAACUUCACAACAACCUAUUGCAACAAGUCGUGACAAAGCUCAAUAAUGAAACCAAGCAGUCGACUUUCAUCAUCCUUGAUCUCUACAACGCUUUCUUGACCGUGUUCAAGAACAAAGGAGCUUACCCAGGAAGUACAACGUUUCAGAGUCCAUUGAAGCCAUGUUGCGUAGGCGUGAGCAGUGAGUAUUUCUGUGGAAGUGUGGAUGAGAAGGGAGUGAAGAAGUAUGUGAUAUGUGAUAACCCUAAAGCUGCUUUCUUUUGGGAUGGAAGUCACCCUACAGAAGAAGGGUGGAGAUCGGUUUACUCUGUUUUACGUGAAAGUCUUACCGCGUCUUUUAUUAAAGCGUGAGGAGCAAGAAACACAUGUUUUUAGGCUUCUUUUUUUUAAAAAAAAAUCUCAGUGUUUGUUCUUCUUAUGUUUUUAGUGUCUCUUCAUUCAUUUGUGUUUCAGUGUUGAAUGUUAAAAUGUCGUGUGACUAAUAAAACCCACUAAACUGUUCAUUUCUA